CUUAACCUGACCAGAUUUGUUGAAACUUACGAGCCUGCUUGACUGCCCUCUCGGCCCGUCCAGGCUCUCGUAGGCUCGAUCAUAUUUUUGGAAUUGCACAAUGCGCUGUGUCGUAUCGGCCUUGUUAGGGCACGUAUACGACUUAGAGAAACCUGCAUUUAUGGACUUCUGAUGGACUUCUGAUGCAAGCUGCACUUCCUCAUCCUGUUUCAUGCACUGUCUGCUUGUUUUGCUAGUGUCUUGAUGGUGAGGAGAAGGCGCUCCAUUGCCAUUGGCGUUAGCAUGAGAAGCUGAGAAUAGUGGACCAGGAAGUGUGAGGUAGUCAUUGCUGACCAGAGAAGAGGAUUUUGCUCCUAAGUUCUUGCAUUCUCAAAGAAUUCAGAGCGUCCCCAUCAAGCUGUGAAUGUAUUGCAGGCCUUUUGAGACAGCUCCACAGUUGAGCAAGCCACAUGUUUCCUAGACGGCAGUCAUUGAGCAUCAGUGCUGGAAAUUAAGAACAACCGGGCAGAAUACUCAGUCGGAGCCCUGUGCUGCAAACAGAAGACAGCUAAAAAGUCAGCAGCAGAAAGGAUAAUUCAGCAACACAGGAAAGAAGAUAACUUGAGUCUUGGACUCAACAAGUCCAAGAAUAACCAAUCGUGAGAAAGUCGAAAGCAAAAGCCAACAACGCCUUCAAUCGUCUUAAGUCACACCUGCGAAUUACAGAGACCACAUAGUAAAUCGCAUAUAGAAAAGUACCUUACAGUGUUCUUUUUCAGAGGGGUGAGACCAUGAGCGGCACAGCAAAGACGCCUGCGGACUUUCUGAAGGCCAUCAGGGGACGGCCGGUGGUGGUGAAGCUCAACUCUGGCGUCGAUUACCGAGGGGUUCUGGCGUGCCUUGACGGGUACAUGAACAUCGCAAUGGAGCAAACGGAAGAGUAUGUGAACGGCCAGUUGAAAAACAAGUACGGGGACUGUUUCAUCCGAGGGAACAAUGUUCUAUACAUUAGCACGCAAAAAAGUCAAUGACAUUGGGCCAAACGUGCGUUUGAAGAAGGAUUUGGCGGCCUGAAGGUCAUACUUGCACGUAUGCGGUCAGCUGAAAACCCUCCUAGGCUCCAAUUGCUUUUAGAGUGGAUUUUGUGUACUCGGUCAAAUCAGGGAACACAUGAUACGACUGCUCCAAAGGGUAGCCAACGGAGCCAAAAUGCGAACAUUGAUGUAGUCCGGCUUUUGGCGUUGACAUGUAAAGCUGGCCGAGCCAAACCUGUUUAAACAGUGCUAGAGACUUUCAAGUUUGUCCCGGACCAACCCUGAGGGGGCUAACUCACUGGCACGUGCAACUAAUCAACUCAGGCCCAGGAAAUUAUAAUGAAUAAGUUAGCUGGCUUGAGCGGCCUGCCCCGGCCUUCUUCUUGAAGCACGCGUUGAUUACCUAAUU